AUGGAUAAAUUACACGACGAUUUAAUUCAAUUUGCUGCUCAACAUGAUAUUCCAUUUGUACUUUCGCGUCGAAAGAAAAUAACACCACGUACAUUCUUCGAAUCAAUUCAUCAAAUUUUUAUUUCAAGCACAAUCGAUGAAUUGGGUCCACGAUUUUCUACACAUCAGAAGCUUGCCUCACUCAUUUUAACAACGAAUACUGUUCGAACACAAGGGACAUUUAUGGCUAAUAAAGUUCCAUCAUCGUUUCUGGGAUUACCUGUCGAGAUCGUCUAUCGUAUUCUGGAUAAUCUCAAUGAAUUUACACUUGUAUGUUCAGUUCGUGAUGUGUGUACACGACUGAACAUGAUUACUGAUACAUAUCCUCGAUCUCAGGUAAAUUUCAGUGUUAUUAUAGAAUUAGAUUUUUUAUCUUCAAAAUGUUAUUAAUUUCAAAACAUGACUAUUUUAGCUAUUUGUUGAUUUUAGAAUAGUAAUAGUUCGAUAAUAAUAUUUUAAAGUUAACCCAUAUUAUCUCAAAAGAAAAGAAUGAUUAUGUUAUGCAAAUUAUUUCAGAAGGAUUCAUUGAGUUUUUUUUAAUUUUUUCUGCAAUAUUUUACCAAACAAAAAAUUAAAUUGAUAGAAUUUUAAAACACAUUGAACAUUUUCACAGCUAAGUUUUAUUUUCCUACACCAGUUAUAGAAAGAACUUCUUCAGGUGAAUUGCAUUUUAUGUCAUAGAAGGGACCCAGUUGAAUUUUAUGAAUUCUACACUAGUGAAAUUUCGAAAAUCUAAACAUUUAUCAAAGAAACGAAGCGUCAAAGCAUACUAAAUAUAAUUCUAACAACUCAAUGAAUCUAAGAAAUUAUAACAGUUGUCAUAAGUUGAGAAAUUCUAAAAAUACAUCGAAAUCAUAAUAGUUAUACAAUUAUUCAAAGAAUGAUAGUAGACCUUUAUAAACAAAGAAAAUAAAUAAGAUGUGUUUUUGGUGCAUUUUCACUAUGACUCUUAUGGUAAUCUUGAGAUCAAGCAAAUGAAAUAUCAUUUGAAAGAAAUCGAUGUUCUGUUAGAGGAAGCUUAUUUAAUAGAAGAUGUAUGCUUUAUUUUUAUUUGAUUGAUGGAAUGAUCGAUUAAUGUUAAGAAUUUCUUUAGUUUAUAAUUCUACUGAUGUAGUAAACGAUUUCCUAACUACAGUGAAUACAAGCCUUGAACAAUAAUGAAUAGGGUAUUUUGGAAAAGGUUUCAAGUUAUCUAAUCGAUUUCUCUACUACCAAUGCACAUCAUUUUUGUGGCGAAACGACUCUAUUUUGAAUUUGGCGCUUAUAUGAAAGAUUGCACUUUUUUAUUCGAAGACAUCUGUC